ACUAAACGACGAGAGAGAGGGAAAGAGCGAGGAAGAGAUGAGGGCGGAGAGGAGCCACGGAUACUGCGUUGCGAUCCGGACAAUGCCGCCUUGCUCGAUCUCUCGAUGUUCGCACGCUUUGGUGCCUUCAGAUGAUUCAACAUCUGGAUCACCUCGGUGGCUUGGAAGAAGCCUUUCUUGUGUUUGCAUUAAACGAAAAGGGGCAUAUGAACGUAUUGGUAACAAUCUGACACCAAUACAGGUUGAGAGACUGCAGAGAUUGAAAUAUCGUAUGGAGGUCUAUUUUGAUGCCUCUAGACAUGAGCAUCAGGAAGCUUUGAGGGCGCUUUGGUCUGCUACAUACCCAGAUCAAGAACUCAUCGGUCUGAUAUCUGAUCAGUGGAAACAAAUGGGAUGGCAAGGCAGGGACCCAUCAACUGACUUCCGGGGUGCUGGAUUCAUUUCAUUGGAAAACCUUCUCUUCUUUGCGAAAACUUUUAAUGCUUCUUUUCAGAAACUUCUUAACAAGCAGGGUGGAAAGCGCUCUGCAUGGGAAUACCCAUUUGCAGUUGCUGGGGUGAACAUCACAUUCAUGAUCAUGCAAAUGUUGGAUCUUCAAUCUUCUAAGCCAAGGACAUUUAUCAGAACAGUCUUCAUCCAAAUGAUAUCAGAGGAUGAGUGGGCAUUCGACUUGCUUUAUUGUGUCGCAUUCAUGGUGAUGGACAAGCAAUGGCUAGAAAGGAAUGCGUCGUACAUGGAAUUCAACGAAGUACUUCGAUGUACCCGGCAACAAUUAGAGCGGGAGCUUCUAUUGGAUGAUGUGAUGAGGAUAGAAGACAUGCCGUCAUACAGUCUCCUUUCCCAGUCAUGAGGAUUUUGUUGAGAGCCUCAAUGAUAUCUUCAAGUGUACAGUUUCGAUUUCGCCUUUUUCUUUCUUUGUUGCUUGUGUUCAUUCGAAUCAUCUUUUGAGUUUUUCAGUUUAAGAGCAAUGUUUAUAUAAUCUUUUGUUAGCAAUGCCUUAUUCACCAUUUGUCAAAUUCAAUUCCUGUCAAACCAUCACUGUUUGAUUUAAUUCACCAGACAAUUUUCUUAAACUUCACAAG